GUACAGAAUUUGGUGUCAGCAUACACAUCAGUUCAGUGGUGAAGAUAAGGACAUACAUUCUGCAGGAAAAACAAUAUUUUAAUUUUAAAAUGGGUUGCCUAGAAUUCCUCAAAGACUUUUUCUUAGGAUUUUGGGAUUAUGAGACUCCAAAGGUUAUGGUGGUGAAGGAUAGAAAACUUGGAGUCAUAUACCGAGCCGUACAGUUCUUAGUCAUCACAUAUUUUAUUUGGUAUGUAUUUAUCAUUCAAAAAGCAUACCAGGAGACGGAGGACCGUCCAGAUAGCUCAGUCUAUACGGAGAUGAGAGGUGUGGCCAUGCUGGGAGACAACAUUCUAGACACGACAGAAUAUGUCCAACCUUCUGAGGGUGGUGAUGUCAUCAGCACCAUACUUAGAAGAGAAGUGACACAUAAUCAGAGACAGGGCACGUGUGCUGAGCAUUAUGCUGUCCCCAAUGCAAAGUGCAAUAAGGAUUCUGACUGUGUUCGAGGGCAAAUUGAUUUUGGUGGUCAUGGUCAGAGGACUGGACGAUGUGUACCCUACUACAACUACACAUUUAAGACCUGUGAGAUUAAAACAUGGUGUCCCAUUGCAGAAUAUGCUGUUAUUAGGGAACCAGCUUUGGAACAAGCGAUUAAUUUCACGGUGUUCAUAAAAAACGCCAUCCAUUUUCCCAAGUUUAAAGUUCUCAGGGGAAACAUCAAACCAAACAAGCCAAAGAAACUGACACGGUGCCAUUAUCACCCAGAGACCAACCCUUAUUGUCCCGUGUUCAGUCUCGGCUUUAUCGCAGAGCAGGCCAGAGAGAAAUUCAGUGAACUUUGCAGAACUGGUGGAAUAAUUGGAGUGUUUAUUAAUUGGAAGUGUGAUUUUGAUUCGGAUCCUUCCGAAUGCAAACCAACAUAUUCGUUCAGAAGACUGGAUCUGAGAAAAGACCUGCCAACCUCAGGCUACUACUACAGGUUUGCAAAGUACUACAAUAAGGAUGGGGUGGAGUACAGAUCACUCAUUAAAGCUUUUGGGAUUCGCCUGGAUGUUAUUGUACAUGGACAUGCGGGAAGAUUUAGUUUAAUUCCAACCAUCAUCAACACGGUCACGGCUAUGACAUCAGUCGGAAUCUGCUCAAUCAUCUGUGAUUGGAUCUUGCUGACGUUUAUUGAUAAAAAUGAAGUUUUUAGUGAGCAUAAGUUUGAUGAUAUAUCUAAACAAUCCAGCCCACCAAUAACAACCAGCCUAACGCUUACAUCCUAUGGCUCCACCCACUCUGACCUCUCAGAUGGCGUGCCUUUGUAAAGCACCGCCUCCCACAACCGAAACUACUUUACUGACGCCACGCAAUGCCAAGAUGAGUAAAACUUAAAGCGUAACUAAACCCCUGGUCAGAGGCUGACUCCACCCACUGGCAAUAUUUGAAAAAUGCAAGAAAAGUGGGCAGAUCCCAACGGAGAUAGAGGGGACGAACUAAGCUCGUACCAAGCAUGUGGUGAGAUGGUAACAAGGGCGUGGUGAGCUUGAACCUGCUUACGUCACGAGUUACUUUUUGGACCCAACAUCCAAUAGGAAAAUUCAACUGCAGUAGCCACCGUUCAACCUGAAGAGGGCAGCACUCAGACGUUUUUACACCAUAUAUUGUAGUAUUGAAACACUUUAUAUCCAAAUGUCAAAAAACUUACUAAAAUCAAUGAACAGCACUAAUAAAGCAUCAUUCUUACAGAUCAUUAACUAAAAAAAGUUGGUUAAGGGUUUAGUUACUCUUUAAAGAAUAUUUUUACAUAAAAGACUUGGUCUGAGGAACAAGCAUGUGUGGAAUAGUCAUCUACAACACAAAAUGUCACAUUGUUCAGUUCAGCUUUAGACUCGCAACAUUCAAACCACUCAUCUGUUAAUCAAAGCUUCAAUAAAUAUUAAAGCAAUACAUGUAUUGUUUUUUUUUUAACUAUAUGCAACUAGUUUGCUUCUCAAAGCAUGUUACAUCUUUAAACAAAACGGUAACACCGUUAUCACAAAAUACCAAGGAGAAA